AUGAAGGUGAAUGUCUUCGUUUUCGCCGUGGCUCUACUUGGUGCCUUCCAACCUCGCUAUGAAUGUAGAGCUAUUGAAACCCCCUGGGCGGUCCAUCCAUCCCACAAUCUACAGGCAGAGCUGCAACAGCAACUCCCUGUUCUUCUGCGACUAGGAGAGGAGUACUUAAUUCGGCUCGACAACUCCAAUCAAAAUUCGCUCCAGUCCUCCUCGCCGAACACAUCUCCUGGAGCUGCUGCGCCCUCAACAACGGUCAACAGGGCUUUACAACUUCUGCAAGGUAAAGUCGGUGACAUCAAUCGGUUUCUGAACAGCUACGCUAACCAGAUGGGUAAUUCCAUGGAAAGAGGAAAGAGGUCCGGGCCGGGCGAAGAGCCACCGAUCUCUUUGGACCUGACGUUCCACCUGCUGAGGGAAGUUCUAGAAAUGGCUCGAGCCGAGCAAUUAGCACAGCAGGCAAAUAGUAACCGAAAAAUGAUGGACAUAUUCGGGAAAUGAAAGUGUUAG